UGUGGCUUGACACCAUGCUGCACUUGGAGUUUUUAAGAGGAGCGGCGGACCUCUAGAAAAGCAGCAGGAGGGCAACGAAAUGGGCAGGCACUGGGGAGAUGUCAGUGCUUAAGCUGCUGUUUCAGAAACGUGAUUACAACAUGGUUUAUUCAAAGAUAGUUUUGUCUUACACUGGGAGGCUAAUUUCAUCUUCCCUCGUCCCUCGAGAGAAAAAAGCUUUAGAAACUGGACUUGCAGCAAAACAGGCAAGGCAUCUUUGUUAAUUUUUUUUUUUUCUGGCUGACUUGCUUUAGGCUUGUGUGCUGACUUCUCGCUGGAGGCAGCUGAGGACAGAGCUGAUGUUUGCUGUAUUGAGCACCGAAGGGUAAAAGCAGUGCUGCUGCUGAGCCAGGAGAGGAAAGCAGUGAGUUGGGCUCACAGGAUGCUGUAGUGAAGAACUGAGCAAACGCUUCUGCCCUGGCUCCUCUGAAUGUCCCAGGCAUUUUCGCUUUACAGUCUGUUGUCUGCACAGUGAAGCUGGGCUCAAGCCUCUGUGGCCUUGAGGUCAGUAUUGCGGUGGUCCAAGUGUGAAGUUCUCAAGAAUGUGCACAGUUCUUGGUUAUGUCCCUAAAAUCCAGGGCACGGCUUUCCCAAAGGAUGCUUUCAGGUAGCAUCACCGUGGCCACUAUUCUCCAUCCCAGGAAAAAGUGGUGUUUGCUGAAACCUGAGGUUAAAACGGCUUGGAUUUGGGGAAAGCUGAGCCUAGAAAUACUUAAAUUAGCUUUCUUUCCCCAGCUCCUCUCACCAUCAGCGUAGAUUAGUUCAGAAUUCAGGCAAGUAUUUUUAGAAUCUGGCUUUAGAGCCCCAAUGUCACAAUUUUCAUUCUUGCCGCUUGCACUGAGGCACUUCUUGAGCAAUGUUUUUCGCCUUAAAAUCAUGGGGAGGACUUGAGGACAGCGCUCGGGGGGGCGCCGGGUGAGCUCCCCAUGAGCCACGAUGGGUCUUCUCCCAGCCCCUUGGUCUGAGCACAUCGGUGUUUUGGGAAUAAAGGAUGGCCAGGGGGAGCAGGGAGGGGACGCCCACGCUCAACUUUGGACCUGUUUGCCGGUCUGGAGGCGUGGGUGGCGUGCCCCGGGGUCCGGCACAACUUGCGACAGUCCCGGCAGCGCCUUUGCUCCGCGAGCUGCUGUUAUUAGUUUAUGGCAGCUGUAUGGCCCUCGUUUGAUUUUUAUUAUUUCUCGAAGCCUGUCGCCGGGGCGGGGAAGCAGGGAUCUUUGGUCGGUCAGUGCGCCCGUGAGCGGAGAGGAGAGGAGCGGGGAGGAUGUUGCGAAUGAGUAAUGGUACAGCAGGGCUCUAACGUGCAGGAUAGCUGGGGGAUGAGUCACCCGGCACAAUGCAGCACAUCCGUCGAGGAGGCUGAAUCACGCACGGGGGGAAGCCGCCUGUCAGCCACCAGCUGGGCUGGGGUCAGCCCGAGGCGCGGCGGAGGCAAGGAUGGUGACACGGAGCGACCCGGGGGCGCAAUGUAGAGGAAAUGGCAUCCCCCGGCAGUGACAGCUAUAUUGUGCGAGUCAAAGCUGUGGUUAUGACCCGAGAUGACUCCAGUGGGGGAUGGUUGCCACAAGAAGGAGGCGGUCUCAGUAGAGUUGGCGUCUGCAAGGUCACAUACCCGGAGGGCAAUGGAAGAAGUGGAUUUCUAAUCCAUGGUGAAAGGCAGAAAGACAAACUGGUGGUGCUGGAGUGCUUCGUGAAGAAGGACCUGGUGUACACGAAGGCGAACCCGACCUUCCACCACUGGAAAGUCGACAACAGGAAGUUUGGGCUCACUUUUCAAAGCCCCGCUGACGCUCGGGCCUUCGACAGAGGCGUGAGGAAAGCCAUCGAGGACCUCAUUGAAGGGUCUACUACUUCCUCGUCAACGCUUCACAACGAGGCUGAGGUCGGUGACGAUGAUGUCUUCACAAAUGCUACAGAUAGCUCCUCCAACUCCUCUCAGAAAAGGGAACAGCCUGUGCGAACUCUGGCUUCUCCGGCAUCCAGCGAACAUCGAAGAAUUUGCACUCGUGGACACCUUCACGACCAUUAUAGUUCUGACCACUACCAUCUAGAACAAUCAGCACCACGAUCGUACCGGCACGUCAACUUUCCAGAUGACGAUGAGGAGAUAGUACGCAUCAAUCCUCGGGAAAAGAUUUGGAUGACUGGAUAUGAGGACUAUCGCCAUGCCCCAGCGCGAGGAAAGAACUUUGAUCCUGAUGACAUGGACUCCUACGUACGUUUUGCCAAAAGUGAGGCCUCAAAACACGAAUACACUUAUCCUUACGUAGACAACUCAGACUUUGACCUGGGUGAAGAUAUCAAGGGUGCUGUGAUAAAGACUCAACCCGUCAAAUUCAAGCCCAGACGGAAGGAGGAUGGUGAGAGGUCGCGGUGCGUAUACUGCAGGGACAUGUUCAAUCAUGAGGAGAACAAACGGGGUCAAUGCCAGGAUGCUCCAGACCGCGUCAAGACUUGCAUCCGUCGAGUGAGCUGUAUGUGGUGCGCAGACACUAUGCUCUAUCACUGUAUGUCCGAUCCGGAAGGAGACUAUACAGAUCCUUGCUCGUGUGACACCAGUGAUGAAAUGUUUUGCCUCCGGUGGAUGGCCCUUAUCGCCUUGUCUUUCAUUGCUCCAUGUAUGUGCUGUUACUUGCCGCUUCGGGCUUGUCACCACUGUGGGGUCAUGUGCAGGUGCUGUGGUGGAAAACACAAAGCUGCUGGAUGACUACGGAUGAGUUCAGAGUGUUAUGUUUUUCCUGUAGUUCAAGGAACACGUUGGUUUUUGAGCAUUGAGAUCACUUAUUUUGAUGCAGCCACUGUGCCCAACAGCAUCCAGAAACCACCAGUUUGGAUCACUUUACAUUUGAUCGUCUGGGGCUCACACUGCAUUGAUUUGCUCAUCAAGUGUUCUAACUAACUAACGUACAGCAUAGACUUUUGUAUUAUUAAUCUGUAAUCAAACAGACUCUCUUGUACAUGUUUAUAUUAUUUUUUCAGUUAAAAUGAGUUUGAGAAAAGAACUGCUUUAAAUGGUGGUGGAUUGUAGAACAUCUCCAGGUUGUGUCCGUCUUGCCUCUGCUUGCUCGGUACCAUCAGUGCAUUAGCAAGUUUUGGCAUUUCUCGAAACAGGGUGGUAUAGUGAAUGAAAUCUCACUUGGAAGAUAUUUUAACUUGCCGUCAAUUUAUUGUGUGUAUAGAAGGUGUGCUAGUAACAAACUUGUACCACAACACAGUAUUUCUGUCACUGGUUUUCUUUUUCUUUUUUUUUUUUUGUUGUUGUUGUUCUAUUUUCCAAAGCCAAAAUAGCCAUCUAAGCUGCAGUUUCUCUUCUAGAGUCCAUCGUCAUUUCCUUCAGCAAACAUCUUAAAUUAUUUCUCUGUUCUUAAAGUUCUAUGAACAGAAAGCAAGGCUCAGUUACCAUAGUCACAUAACCAUUGAGAAUCUGGUAGUUCUCCUUACCUGUAAUCAUUUCAGACCACUACUUGAAAGGGAAACUUAAAUUUUAGUGUUUUCUUUUUUCCCUAAAUAACUUUGGAAAAAUAAAACUGUGUUUUCAGAGUUCUGCCUGAAAGAAGGGAACUUCUUCAUUAGCCAGCCAUGUCAUGAUUUGAGAAUAAAACACUAAGGUUCCAGACGGGGAAAGUUCUUGUUAUGCAAAGAAUUAUUAACAAUGCAAUGUCAAAAGCACUAUUGUAAUCCAUGGCAAUUCUGGGGAAAUGCUGCAUUAAGUGGUGGAUUGUAUGGAAAAUAGUAUUUGUUUAUUUUUUUCUGUAUAAUACAUGAGCAUGAGAACAUACACAUCCACAGUAGAAGCUACAUUUAGCAGUCUAAGCAGGUAUUUAAAACCAAAAGCCAGGUUGUUAACCACCACUUUCAUUUCCUGACCUACGGUCCCAAUCCUCCAGAUGCUUACAGAUGUCCCAACUUAAUGCGUGUGCAACCAGCAUUUCUGUGAUUCUGUGUGUAGGAUUAAGCAUGUGAGUCUUUGCAGGAGCCAGACUGAAGUGUCUCCCCCGCUUUCCCCUCCCCAGUUUGCCACCCAGAUUUAUCAAGUGGAUGCAUAAGGUGCAUACAGCAGGAUAAGAUUACUUUAAUUUUUUUUUAAAUGUCAUGUUGUCUUGUGUACAAGGCUUGUAAUUAGCUGGAAAAAGAGUAUUUUUCUAAUAUAUUACAAGGAAUAGCCAAAUAAUUUUUAUUAAAAAAAAUGAUUUAGCGCAGUGAGCUCUAACUAGCAUAGUACAAUCUGAAUACUUUGAGGCAGCUAGGGAUUGGCUUGUCAAAGCUGGCACUGCUGUUCCUGCCAUAAUUUCUUUCUGCAGUAAAUUGCCAGUGGGCGCAUGUCCUUUCCCUCCCUCUAUUGCACAUUGACAUCAGUCUUAAAAGAGAGGAUUUUUUUUUUUUUUUGCCAAAUAAAUGUAAAAGGAACGCUUGCCAUUUUUUCUUGGUGGAAUGUCCCAACAGUUCCUCUGAGAGUUAAUCACAGCUUUUUAGUAAACCAUGAACUAAGUAUGCAAUGUGCUUAUACACUAUAGAGUUUGGUAGGCUUAAUUUGUAGCAGUUGCUGGGGAUCUUUUGGUUGGAAAAAAAUGAAUGAUAAUGGAAAAGGAAUGGAGUGUUACACUCUUGGUGAUGUGUCUGGGUUUGCUGAAUGAAAUAUAAAUAUUUUGUGCCUAAUAGCAGUUGACAAAUCUCUCAAUGGUGUCUAGUAAACAUCAAGCCAGCCUCGAAAAAAAUUAAUGGAACAACCUUUUCCUUUAAUUUUCUGUUCUCAGAGUUGUUUCAUGUAAACAAACAUCUGUAAGAUCUUGUUCUCUAUAAAGCACAACACUACAAAGAGAUCUUACAGCUUUUUGUCCGGUCUUGAAGUGCCCCUAUUUAUUUAAGUAAAGUAGACAUACUCCAAGCCUUUCUGUAUGUCUGGAAAUAAAAGUUU